CCAUCAGUUCGGCAACAGUCGCACUGCGGAGCACAACGUUCUACGACGACUCAGAGUGAAGAUUGUUAACAAUGCGAACAGCUUUCGGAGCACACCUUGAACCGGCUGUGGCUGUGGGCCUGGCUAUGCUGAUGGUUCUGGCCUGCCACUCGCCCGUGGCUGAGGCCAUUGAGCAGGACAUUUGCAGGCUGUUUGCCAACAACACGGUUAUCCGGGACCCGGACUCCUGCAGUCAGUACAUCACCUGCAUUAAUGCUGUCAGCGUGUAUGGCACCUGCGGCGGCUCCACGCCGUUCUUCGACAAGGAGAAGGGCGCGUGCGUCAAGACACUGGCUGACGACUCGUCCUGCGAGGUGUCGUGCGUGAAUGCCACCAGCCAGUUCGUGGCAGACCCAAAGUCCUGCUACGGUUACUACUACUGCGUGGACCAGGAGACGCCCAUGUACGGCUCCUGCCCCCAGGAGACGCACUUCAAUGCCACCACCCAGACCUGCACGCGGCUGUACGAGUCGGAGUGCACCGCCAGCGACUUUGAGUACUGCAACAUCGUGAAGAACAGCGUGAAGUUCGACAAUCUGCAGUCGUGCGCCGCCUACCACGUCUGCGAGAAGGGCGUGCUGAAGACAAAGACCUGCUCCUCGUCGUACUAUCAGGCCAGCACCGGCACGUGUGUGGCCAAGCCCCUGGUGGACUGCGUGGCCCAUCCGCUGCCCAGCAAUGUGUGUGGCAAGACCAGCAAGCCGUACGCCAACAAGUUCGUCUCGGACGGUGCCACCUGCCGUGGAUACUUCUUCUGUGCAGCCCAGGCGGAUGGCACCCCGGACGCAAAUCUUUGGAACCACUGCCCCCCGGACACCUUCUUCGAUGCCAGCAGCGAGAGCUGCCGCAGCCCCAAUCUCGUCAAGUGCACCGAGGAUCGCUGUGACGGUCGCACGCUGCCGUUUGUGAUUAGCAGCACCAAGGGAUGUCGCAACUAUCUGCGCUGCAGCGAGGGCAUGACUCUGGACGAGAUGUCCUGCGGCAAUCUCUUCUUCGACGAGGCGAAGGGCGGCUGCGUGCCCAACGUUGUCUCCUACAGCAUAUGCUAGGCCAGAGGUGAAUUUAUUUAUGCAAGAACAUAUUCACCACGCUGGCAGAAAGAGAUGGUUCCCGAACGAGAUAAGUGUGUGGUGAAGAUGUCGCCUUGCAAGUAAAUUUACAUUUUGUUAGUCAUUUGUUGCUAAACCAUAAAGUUAUUAUGCAAUAUGCUUAUGUAAUAAAGCUCAUGAAUUGAU